AUGCUGUUAUACGCCGCCCCUCCGCGUCGCAAAGCAACAAUCCCCAUUUCGACCGACCACCCUUCUUCAAUCCAAGUCACCCGGGUGCAUAGUCGUCAAGAUGGCGUCCGACGAGAUUGUCUGGCAAAUCAUCAACCAGCAGUUUUGCUCCUUCAAGCUCAAAACAACCAAGGAGAAGAACUUCUGCCGCAACGAGUACAAUGUCACGGGUCUGUGCAACAGACAGUCCUGUCCUCUCGCCAACAGCCGAUAUGCCACCAUCCGCAGCUCUGCCAAUGGCACCAUCUACCUCUACAUGAAGACGAUCGAGCGGGCCCAUCUGCCAUCAAAACUCUGGGAGCGCAUCAAGCUGUCGCAAAACUACCAGACUGCCCUGAAGCAAAUAGAUGAUCGCCUCAUCUACUGGCCCUCAUUCCUGCAGCACAAGUGCAAGCAGAGACUCACAAGACUCGUCCAGGUCGCCGUUCGUAUGCGUAGACUUGCGAAGGAGGAAGACAGACUGGGCGAACGAGUCGUGCCAAAACUUGCACCCAAGGUGCGCCGGAGAGAAGAGACCCGUGAGCGCAAGGCCGAAGCCGCCGCCAAGCUCGAACGCACAAUCGAACGCGAGCUUGUCCAGAGAUUACGCGAGGGCGCGUACGGCGACCAGCCUCUUAACGUCAGCGAGAACAUCUGGAAGAAGGUUCUCAAUGCGCUCGAGCGUGAGGGCGACGGCACUCGUGACAAGGAUCUCGACCGGGGCAUUGAGGACGAGGAUGAGGAGGAAGAAGAGGAUGAGGAAGAGCAUGAGGAAGGCGAUGGUGCCGUCGAGUAUGUGUCCGACUUUGACGAGAGCGAGGACGAUCUGGAGGAUAUUGAGGACUGGCUGGGCAGCGACGAGUCGGCAGACGAAGACGAGUCGGAGACCGACGACAGCGAAGAUGAUGCCGCGGCGGCCAAGAAGAAGAGGAAAGCAGCGUCUGCUGUUGCUGCCGCCGCCGGCGACAAGCGGAAGCGUGGCAAAGUCACGCGGGCUAAGCCGAAGAAGGCCCGGCGGGAGAUCGAGGAGGAGCAUGAGUACCAGCGUCCGGAGCUUGCCUUCUAG